AUGGUGGCGAUAGCCUUCCACAAGAGGAGCCUGCUUCCGUUGGCGCAGCGGCGAGUGUUCAUGUUUGAGAUGACUCGGGACGUCCCUUGGGCAGGGACAAAGAUGUUGGCCGAGCCGAUAUCGGCAUCGGACAUCGCCGCCCGGGUGGAGAAGACGACGCACCCGGACAUGAAGAACUCCCGGGUGGUUCCGAUGCGCCCUGAAAAGGGUUAUAUUUCUCUGCGGAUGGGGGUCGUCAAGGAUUCCCUGCCCCCUGUCCCAGAGGACAAGGAGCGGGAGAUCUCCGCCAAGAAUCACCGAGAAGACGAGAAGCCGGGGGUCGCCCCGCCUCCCUCUCCCGAGACCUCGGUCUCGGAGAUAGAGGGCGGAGGAGAUAACGCCGACUGGCUCGACGAGCUGGCGGAGGAGGAUGACGUGAUCCCUCCUGCCGGCGAGGGGAUCGAGGCCCCGGAGGGGUCAAAGGCCCGAGGGAGGUCGGAGGCCCCCGAGGGGACCCAGUCGCCGGGGGGCGGACCGGCCGUCCCCCAUAUCGUCGUGGAUGAUGAAGACAGCGCCCCUUGUGAGGGUUCUGCCCUAGUGGGACCUCAAGAGGGGGUGAAGGCGUCGGGGGUCGAAUCCGAGGUGCCCCCUCAACCGGUAGUGCCGGGGGUUCUGGCCGAGCUCUCCCCAGCGUCUGGGGCGGGAACCGGUGCCUCGGUGGAGGCAUCCCAGGCUGAGACCACCGUGGUGCCUCCUGCGCCCCGCAAGAAAAAGGCGCCUUCGGUGGCGCUGGCCCCCCUGAAGGCUGUAAAGAGGGGGGCUCAAUCGACUCCCGGGUCGGCUAGGCCUGUGUCGCCGCCGCCUCCGGGCUACGAGGAGGGAGGGCGCCUCCAGGGGCAGGACACGGGGGCGCCGAAACCCCAAGAUCCGGAGGAGACGGCCCUUGCCCCUGGGGCUGCGCCUCCUCCGGAGGAUGCUGAUUUGGGAGGCGCGGCCCGAUCUGCGCAGGUCGAGGGAGAGCGAGCCAUCGUGGCGUCCAGCGCGGCGCUCGAGGCCCCCACGGCGGGAAGGGAGGAAGAUGCCUGA